CUCUUUCGCCCCUCCUUGAGUCUCGCUUACCUUUGAGCCAUGUUAUUGUUUUCUUCUGAUUAUUGUUUUUUUCUCUCUCUCUUAACAAAUUUGUCAAAAUUUUAGAUCUUAAUUUGCAAAAAUGUAGCUAGACCUCGCAGUGCCAUAAGUGACAACAAACUUUCAGCAUGAACGACAUGAACCUCAGUCCGGUGGGCAUGGACCAGCUCAGCGUGUCCUCGGUCAGCGCCGGUCACCUGGGCCUUCCUACCUCGCCCACUCACAGCCACAACCCCAUCGCCACUCCAGGAAUGCCGGUCGCCAUACCGAGCCUCGGGCCGUCUCUCGGGCCGCUGCCCUCGGCGCUGUCCCUGAUGUUACCCAUGGGGCCGUUAGGAGACCGAGGAGUCAUGUGUGGCCUUCCGGAGAGGAACUACACCCUGCCUCCUCCUCCGUACCCUCACCUGGAGAGCAGCUAUUUCAGACACAUCCUCCCGGGUAUUUUGUCGUAUUUGGCCGAUCGUCCUCCGCCGCAGUACAUCCACCCCAGCAGCCUCAACAUGGACGCUGCUCUGUCCGUGCCCAACAACAACCCUUCAUCCCUCGACCCUUACAGCGGCCCAGGCGGACAUUUAGAACAAGGCCUGGUGUCCAUAGAUUCACGGCAGGCCGACCUCCACCAGGGCGGCGCUCAUGAGGUGCAGCUAGACGCUACUGGACUGGCGAUGGAGUCGCGUGUGAACAGCCCCAUGUCUCCUGACGGGAUGGGGGAAGAGCUAGCCACCAUGGACGGCGUGGUAGUGACGGCGGACGCGCAGCAGCCUCUCGGCAGCAGGAAUCAACCCCACGAGAGCCUGGAGGGAGGCGUCAUGGCUCUUCACGGCCCCGGACUGGAGCUGCCCGUGGUGAUGGAGCAGGAGCACAUGAGUGGACGUGUAGGGAGCAGCUCAGGAACCGGAGCUCCAGGAACCCUGAGCGAAGCUCUGCACUCUAACGGUGAGCUGAGCUCGGGCGUAGUCAGCGUGGUGCUCACCGGGGCCAUGGCGCCGCAGACUCAGCUCGAAUCUGUAUCGCUGCACAGCUCAGGCAUGGUACUGGAGCCCGUAAACGUGUCCCCGAUCACCGCCGAGGUCUCGCUCGGGCCGGAUAACAGUCUCGUCCUGGUCAACUCCACCCUACAUCUGGAGAACGCCAGCGCAAACAAAGAGAACAUGACCACUGCUUUCACGAUUUGGUGCACUUUAUGUGAGCGCUCUUACACCUCCGACUGUCCCGAACACGGACCGGUCACAUUUAUCCCGGACACGCCCAUUCAGACCAGAGCCCGCCUCUCUUUGCCCCGCCCACUGUGCCUCCGUGUGUCUGUAGCUGAUGAGCCCAACGGUGUGUUCGUACGGGAGACGAUUCCCACCAGGACCUGCUUCGGCCCAAUGGUUGGACAGCACUGCAGCAGCGUCGAGCUCUCAGACUGGACUGAUAAAGACACGCCUCAAAUCUGGAAGAUGUUCCACAACGACAUCUUGGAGUUCUGUAUAGUCACGACCGACGAAAACGAAUGCAACUGGAUGAUGUUUGUGAGAAAAGCAAGGACGACACAGGAGCAGAAUCUGGUGGCGUAUAUUGAUAACGGGAAGCUGUUCUUCUGUACGUCCAGAGAGAUCCUCCCCGAGCACGAGCUGUUGUUCUAUUACAGCAGGGAAUACAGCAGACAGCUGGGCGUACCCCGCGUCCCAGAGGGUCAAAUCUGCCACUGUGGAAAAGAAUGCGCCUCCUUCUCCGACUUCAAAUCUCACCUCAGCAGCCACGCCCACAGCCACAGCCCCUCCCAGGAAGACCCCACUCAUGGCGUCCACCCCCAGGAGAAGCUGGCCAGCGAGGCCCCCAGUACCACCUCGUCUCCGCCGUGGCAGUGCCAGUCUCAGGGUGACUGUCAGUCCAGCAGUGGAAGCGGUCAGCGUCACGGCAGAGAGAGGAAGUUUAAAUGCAGCAUGUGCUCGCGAGCGUUCACGACCUCCACCAAACUCAACGUGCACUUCAUGGGUCACAUGGGCGUGAGGCCACACAAGUGCAGCUACUGCAGCAAAGCCUUCAGCGACCCGAGUAACCUGAGGAUGCAUCUGAGAAUCCACACAGGUCAGAAGAACUUCCGGUGCAGUGUGUGUGGAAAGUCCUUCACCCAGAAAGCCCACGUAGCGUCCCACAUGGUGAUUCACACGCCGACCAAGAACAUCAAGUGUGACCACUGUGACAAGACGUUCAACAGGAAACAGGAUCUCAAGCAGCACAUGUACUCGCACUCGCUCGACCGUCAGAUCACCUGCCCGAAGUGCGACAAGCAGUUCCUCAAAACCGAUCACUUAAAAAAGCACCUGAACUCCCACGACGGGAAAAGGGACUUCAUCUGUGAAAAAUGCAACAAGGGCUUCCUUACGAAAUACCAUCUGACACGCCACCUGAAAAUCUGCAAAGGCCCAAAGACAGGCAGAGGGGCCGCUCACGAAGACGAAGGCGAGGAGGAAGACGGGGACGAGGAAGAAGAACCAGACGAAGAACAGGAAAGAGAUUUAAUAGGACCAGACGAGAGAAAAGCGUGCGAUAUUGGCAUGGCGGGCUUUUCCUCAGAGAAGACUCUUUAACCGCUCACUGUGAUUUUGCAAUCUGCCUCGCUUAAGCUACACUUUAUUUAGUGCUUUUUUUUUUUUUUUAACUCAGUUUACAUUCUGUUUCAGACCUUCUGACGUGCCAAAUCAUUUGGGGAGCGUCUCUACGUUCCCAGGGUCCUAUGUUCCCAAGAUUUCUAUGGCACGUAAUAAACACAUGACAAAGGCUCCUGUGUUCCCCAGUUCCCAGGGUCCUACAUUCCCCAGCUCUACAUAGCACGUGAUCGAUUGCUGCAGCGAUGACGUAUUUUUGUCCGACAACCCGGAAGUUAGCAUCACCCCGGUUCCCUCGACAAAAAGCCCGUAGGAUUUUUCCAUUGGAGAAAAUAAGCUCCAACAAAACUUUAGAAUCCGUACACGUUUCGUUCAUCAAGAUAAUCUUCGCAAAAGAACACAGCUUCUAUGAAUUUUGCGGCUUAAGCAUAUUCGACAGAAGGAAAAAAAAAAAGAGUUAUAAACGGCUAUAAACGAAGUACACCGCGAUCGCACUACUUCAAUGUCAAAGCUUUAUAGCAUUACAAUUGGGAAAAAACACUACGAUUGGAAAAUACCAUAAACUGUUAAAUGUACAAGUCGGGAAGUUUGAGUUGGAAUAGUUUGCAAGAGCGCGAGUAGUAGAUGAGUUUUCCUGUUCGGCGUGAUGACGUUUAACGUUCCCGACACCUUCUGUAGUCCCAUUAACCACUUGUUAGCAACCGGCUUUUUCAAGACACGUAAAAGUUUUUUUUUUUUUUAUUAUUAUUUGUUUUUGUUUUGUUUUUUAAAAUCACGAGUGUGGUAUUACUGGUGUAUUUUACGUCGUAGAGUAAAACGUGAAGAUAUCUCGAGCUUGUGUUAACCACAGACGUUAUUUCAGGCGUUUAACCAAAAACCCAAUCAGACAACCCGUUGACUUCGGGACGAUGGAACCGGAAGGGCUAAAAUGCUAACUCGUUUCCAGGUUUCAGGACUCUAUGGGAAGCUAAAAAAACAAAAAAACAUGUUCCCAUAGAGAACAUUCGCUUAACAUGAGACGGGUUAUUAUGGGAACUCGUCAGAGGUUUUCUGUUCCGCAGCACUGUCAUAUGGCUCUCAGUAUAAUAGGCCUAGACUUGAGGGAACUAAACAAAUGGUUGGAGUCAUGGAGUCAGGGUCCCAGGGUCCUAUGCUCCUCGGUGUUUAAAGCUGAAAGGUUAAAGGAGUCCUGACUACAUAAGAGCUUUUUGAAAAGUUUACUUAAUGUGUGUUAACAGAAUAUUGGACUGGGAUACAUAACGAACACAUGACAAAGGGUCCUGCGUGCUGGGGAAUAUAGGACCCUGGGGAAAAUAGGAAGGACCCCAUUAUUUGUAAGCUCUGGUUUAUGGAACAAUUCCUGAAACGCUGCCAUUUUAAUGUUUAUCAGUUCGGUGAAGUCGGUACUUUUGUCACACUUUGCCUUAGUUGUUAUUUAUUUGUAUAAUUUCAGUGCGUAAAACCGCCAUCCGUUAUGAAAUGAGGUCAUUUAUAAAUAAAUUAAUUUCUAUAAAUCUUGUUCGCUACAAUGCA